AUGGCUCCAACCAUCGACAUCUUUCGCUCGGCUCCGAACGUCGCUGGUCGAAGAGAUGGUCCACUGACAAGCCACGGACUGGAUCAAUGCGGUAUUUACGGGAUACAGUACCUCAAUCACUACGAUCAGCCCAUUGGCCAAGAACCGGAGAACGUUGGCUCGGAGCUGGAUGAUAUUAUUGAAGAGUUUGGCAAAAAGGUCGAGACGUUCCAGGUCACUAUAGACUGGUAUCUCAAAGGACCCGGGACGCAGUACGACGCAGAUGCGGCCGCGGUGGAGCAGAGGGCGAGGUGCGCACGCCAUUUCAUCCGAGACUUCGCGCGGGACGCGGGUGAGAACGGCCGUAUCAUCGUCGUCUCGCACUCGUCAUUCCUGCACUUCCUAGUGGAGGACUUCACGGGGCUCACGGAGACGUUGGCCUGCUCCUGGGAGGAGAACACGUGGCGAAGCUUCACCUUCGAGCAUCUCGAACCCAUCGGGGGGAAUGAUCCGGCCUCUCUCAUCGAGACGGACCAGAGCCUGAGGGACCGCACGGCGAACAACUCUGCGGUUGUGGUGAGGUUCUCUGAGCUGCCUGCGGCUCAAUGGGCUGUGUUGAGGGGCUACGCGCAUAGGCACGCCGAAGAUGGGACUGCCGUGGGUGUAGGUCAAGAAGAGUCCUGA